UUUUUCUCUUCUUACGUCGGUUUCGUGUGCUAUGGCGCAAAAUCCAGCCGUAAUCAUCUUCCUGUUCAUCUUGCUCUUUCAGAGGAGUCGUCUCUUACAGCGCAUAAUAUUGUGAGUUCUAUCCCCCACAUUUUUCAUGGCAAAAGACAGAAGCAAAUGCGAGAAUCUUUCAAAGAUUUGCUGCAAUUGUGACGUGUUUGAUCCAAUACGAUUCUUCUGGUUUUGGGAGGGGUGGACCAGGUGUACAAUUUUACUAUCUCCUGAAAAAUCAUCGAAUUUAGUUUAUUGCAGAUGUUUUUGGAUUUCCGCGGCUAUUUUGCUCAAUUAAAUCUUAGCAGCACACCAUCAAGCUUCAAAUCAGUUCCGAUUCCUCGAUGGAUUUUCUGAAAUUCAUCAUCGGAGGUAUAGGAAAGCCCAUAUCAAGAAACUCCCAUCGUCAAUCUAGAAUAUUUACCACAACAAUUUCCAGACCGAAUCUUUAUAAGCUUCCAUCUAGCUCCGACACGGAGCAUAAAAAUGCCGAUAAUAAUGAGCAAACCGACAAGGAAUCAGAAAUGAUCCGAACCAUAGUUUGCAGGGUUGUGAGUUUUAGAAAUCUCGACUCUGUUCUGAAUUCUGCUGACUUAUGCGACGAUUUAUCCCCAAAAGUGGUCAUUGAUGUGUUGAAGAAGCUCAAAAAUGCCGGAGUCUUGGCGCUAUCGUUUUUCCGGUGGGCCGAGAAGAAAAAGGGUUUCCAACACACACCGGAGUCCUACAAUGCCCUAAUCGAAUCAUUGGGGAAAAUCAAGCAAUUCAAAAUGGCAUGGCUGUUGGUGGACGAGAUGAAAUCAAAGGGCAUUCUCGAUACAAGCACUUUUGCCCUAAUUUCCCGGAGGCUUAUCAGGGCAAGGAAAGUGGCAGAAGCCAUAACCGCAUUCGAAAGAAUGGAGAAAGACUACGGCCUGAAGCCCCAAUUGCAGGACUACAACAAGCUACUUGAUGCUCUCUGCAAAUCAAAGCAUGUUGAGAUUGCACACCAGGUGUUCGACGUUUGGAAAAACACAAGGUUCAUCCCCAAUGUCAAGUCCUACACACCAUUGUUGGAGGGUUGGGGCCAAGAAUGCAAUUUCCACCGCCUGAAUGAACUUUCCAGCGAGAUGAAGGCUCACGGACUGCGGCCGGAUACAGUCACUUACGGAAUUCUGAUCAAUGCCUAUUGUAAAGCUCGAAGGCUAAACGAUGCCGCGACAUUGUACAAUGAAAUGAAAUCGACAAGAAUGCAACCAUCCCCGCAUAUAUACUGUACAAUGAUCCACGCAUUGGCAAACGAAGGCCGGCUGAAUGAAGCUAUGGAGUAUUUCAAUACUUGCAAGGCGAGCAAUCGUGGAAUCGAUGCUCCUACUUACAAUGCAUUGGCGAGGGCGUAUUGCCGGUCGGGAAGAUUGGGGGAUGCAUAUAGGCUAGUCGAUGAGAUGAGGGUGUUUAAGGUUGGGCCGGAUGCGCAAACUUAUGAGAUACUAUUGCAUCAUCUUGUCCGAGAGGGGAAGCCGGAGGAGGCGUGCGCUGUUUUUGAUGGGAUGGAUUGCGAGCCGGGCGUGGCAACUUUUGAUAUAAUGGUGAGGAUGUUUUGCAACGAGGGACGGGUGGAUAUGGCGAUGAAUGUGUGGGAUCGGAUGAAGGGGAGAGGUGUGCUUCCGGAUGUGAAGAUGUAUGUUGUGUUGAUCGAUUGUUUGUGUCACGGUGGCGAGGUAGACACGGCGUGCCGGUUAGUCCACGAGAUGAUGGACAUGGGCAUGUUGCCGAGCAAGAGAGUGUUUAGGGAUUUGAAGAGGUUUCUUGUUGAUGAGGGGAAGGAAGAUUUUGUUGUUGUUUUGGAUCACAAGAUUGAGAGGAUGAGAAAGAUACCAUUGGUUGGUUAAUUAGUGUUAUGGUGAUUUGAAUUUUAAGUAUUGAUUUAUUGUGAUGUGACGAUGUGUAUCAAUGGUAAAUAUGCAUUCAUUCAGUAAAAAUGAUGUCUUCUUGUUCAAUCGAUUUUAGG